CACACUUCACGUACAUACUCACAUAUACAUACUAUAUACACAAUGGUUUGGCCGUUCGCGUCCGAUAACGUCGUAGACCCCAAGUACGAGAACACGACCGAAUACUUCAAGAACGCCGAGGGUCUGUAUCUCUACUACCAAGUGCACCAAGCUGUCGAAGUUGCCAAGGCUAAUGUGUUACUGAUCCACGGAUUAGGUGAACAUUGUGGUGCACCUCAGUGGCAGAAAAGGCUUAUUCCUACGCUUACUAAGGCUGGGUUUAGAUGUGCCUUGUAUGAUCAACAGGGACAUGGGCGAUCUCAGGGUCACUCGACCGCCUACACACACGAUAUCCAGAACUUGGUGAACGACGCCAAGCAGUUUACGGAGAUGAUUAUCGCCAAAGAAAGUGCCGGGUCGAAGAUUCCUACUGUAAUUCUGGGUCACAGUAUGGGUGGAUUAAUCACCUUUGAGGUUGUACGUGAGAACCCUGACCUGUACGAUAUGGCCAUUAUCAACGGAGGAGCGUUCUUCAUUGACCCGAAGGUGUUGACGCCGACUUUGAAUGUCUUGUCGACAGUUUUGUCGAAAGUUGCCCCAAAGAUGGCCUUGCCUGAUGCGAUUGACCUAGCAAAGUUAAGUCGUAAUCCUAACGUAGAGGAGUACGCCAAAAACGACACACUCAGAUACAACGGAGGCCUUCGUUCAAGAACUGCCAGGAGCAUCCUUGACAGAAUCGGCGUUGUCACCAAAAAGAUGGCCAGUUUCAAGACACCUGUUUACUUCUCUCAUGGCGAGAAAGACCUCAUCUGCAGUCCCCAGGGAACUAAAGCCGUAUACGAAGGCUGCGGUAGUGAAGACAAGACACUGAAGAUCUGGGACGAGAUGUUACACGAGGUCUUCGAGGACCCUGAUUCUGACCUGGUGCUGGAAUCAAUUGUUGAGUUCAUUAACAAGCGCAUCUAAUUUUUUAAACAUGUCCACAUUGUUAUGAAGUAUGGUAUUGAUGCUAUUAUAAAAUGGCAGUGGAUGCGGCUAAUAAAUUGGAUAUACGUCGUUCUAGAAAUUUAUCCUGCUGUUUGAUAUGCUGCAGUAUGCGCUUGCACUGUGUAUUUACAACAGAAACACGUUGAAAAGGUGGCGUUUUCCACCGAGGAACUUUUAAGGCCAUCGGCCGAUAACGAAACACGUAUGUUGUAUGCAUGAGUAUAUAUCUAUAUCUAUAUCUAUUUAAUUAUGUUCAUAUAUAUAUAUGUGUGUGUGUGUAUGUACGUAUAUAUAUAUAUACGUUUAAUUUACAAGUGGCCAUCUCUAACAACAUAGUGCUUUAUCUAGGAAUAUCUC